GAGUGAAACUUCACAAUCCAAUUUUAUCCGAGUCAUAUUGCUCAUAAAAGCCGUUGUUUCUUAACAUUCCGUCAACUGAUAUGACCAGCCUCUUGCCGACUAUUUAGUCGAGGUUUGGUUCACUGGUCUAGCCAGGCGGGUUUUGUUUCUCCAGUUCCGAACUUUCGACCCUCGGCAUCUUCACCGGACAACGACAUCGCCAACCGCCGUCCCCUGGCCACACCCUCGUCGGAGAUUCACUCCACGAUGCAAGCUCCACAAGGGAGCCAAGCCAUCCAACAUGACGAUGCCGAUACCGAUCAGUGGAAGGAGCCUAGGAACGAGGCAGUCAGUGUGACCCUCGCCUCAUCGCCAUGCGUCUUACCGUUUUUAUUUCGCUUCUAACGCUCUCUCUUUUGCUCACGCACCUUAGACGAUUGAGGCGGACUUGAUGGAUCGGAUCUGCGCGGUCACCACGACCUCACCCGACGGCGUGACAUUCACGCCCUCGCUGCGCGAUCAUCCGCCGCCGCUGGUCCCCGCGGAUCGGAUCCGGCAGGGUCUGAAUAUCUGCCCACAUCGGCUGAAUGGGUGCUUCUUGCUCGAGCUGGACGCGGCGACGAUUUUGAAAGUCGGCGAGACGGUCCGCAUGGGGGAAGCGGAGGCGAUGAUUCUAGUCAGGAACCAGACGUCGGUCCCCGUGCCCCGGGUCUUUAAUGCUUAUGUGAUCGCGGAGAUCGGGUUCAUCGUGAUGGAAAAGAUACACGGCGACGAGCUGGCCGAGACGCUGCCCCGCGCCGUCAAGAAGGCUCUCGCGCGGGAACUACGAGGGUAUAUACAGCAAUGGCGCCAGCUCCGGGGCUCCUUCUUCGGCUCCGUCGACGGCGGUCCGUGCCAGGACGUAAUCUUCAAGCAUCCCUGGGAGAACAGGGAGUAUGACUAUGGGCCGUUCGCCUCGCGCGAGGACUUCAAUAUAGGCAUGGUAGAGGCCCUGAGGAGGUCGAGGCCCAAUUUAACGCUGGAGACGGACGAGGAUGCGCGCUUUGCCGAGGAGCUCCUCCUCUCGGGGGCUGGGCAGACGGAAACCUGCAUAUUCACCCACGGCGACUUGGACCAGUCGAAUAUCAUCGUCCGGGACGGGAAGAUCUCCGGCAUCAUCGACUGGGGGGUGGCGGGGUAUAGCGUGCCGGAGAGAGAAUACUUUGGCCUGCGGUGGCCAACGCUAGAUGAAGAGUGGCGCGACCUCUCCACGUCCAUCCUGCCCCCGGAUGGAUACGAAUACUGGAAAACCGUCAACCGUGAAAUGAUGCGAUACACGUGUAUCUAGAUAGCAUAUAGAGCCAUCCUGUCAUAUCCUCAGUCUCCCUCCCCGCGCCCCU